AUGGCUUUCUUUGUCUGGCUCGCAGGUGGCGCAGCUGUGUUCUCUAAGAUAGAAAAGGAAGCUGGCGAAGAUGAUUGGGGCUUCCCAGACGCACUUUACUUCUGCGACGUCACCAUCCUCACCGUCGGCUUUGGCGAUCUAGUACCUACCACUGAUGUCGGUCGAGGCAUCGUGUUCCCAUACUCGGUCGGUGGUAUCAUCACGCUCGCCCUUAUCGUGUCGUCUCUAUACAAGGCCGUCCGCGAAAUCGGCGAAGAAAACGUCAUUCAGAAACAUGUCGACCGCAUGCGCGAAAAGGCUCUGGAGCGUACUGUUACCAACUCCUUUGACCUCCGUCAUCAGGAGCAUAAUGCACAUCAUCUCAUUCGUAAACGCACACGAAACUUUCCAAAAAUUAGCAAGCCGGCAGAUCCGCGACCUUUACGCACAGCCAUGGGCAACUCAGUCGCGCGAGCGACCACGUUUUCUCGCAGUGUUGUGCCGGAUGCGUUGAAGAUAAACAGGAAACCGAAGCUCAUGCUACUUAAGGAAGAAAAGGACCGUUUUGAUGCCAUGCGCCAGAUCCAAGCGGACAGUAAGAAGUUCAGGAGAUGGAUGGCGCUAUUUUGGUCUGUCACUGUUUUUUCGAUCCUUUGGUGUGCCGGAGCUGUUGUCUUCUGGCAGGCGGAGAAAGAGACACAGGGAUUGACAUAUUUCCAAGCCCUGUAUUUCUGCUACAUUAGUUUGUUGACGAUCGGAUAUGGAGAUCUUGCGCCAAAAUCGAAUGCUGGUCGCUGUUUCUUUGUGAUUUGGAGUUUGGUUGCUGUACCAACCAUGACUAUUUUGGUUUCGGAUUUGGGUGACACAGUGGUUGCGAAGUUCAAGAAGUGGAGCGACGAAUUGGCGGACUUUACUGUGCUGCCCAAAGAAGGUUGACUGACACUGAACAUAGGUAUAUGGCGCGCCUUCGUCGAAAAGCACCCCUGGCUCCUAACCUGGCUCCAACACCGCAUCGAAUCCCACGAAUCCAAACGCCGCCUCCGCAAAGGCUUCGACGUCGCCGACCCGCGCAAUGACAGCGCCACGAAUGCUCCCUCCAACACAGACCCCAAAGACCCGGAUCUCGAACUCACACAAAACCCCACAAUCCCUACACUCGCCGCCGAAGCCGAAAACGACGCAUCCACGCCUCCCACCCAAGCAUCUUUAUCCCGCCGCCUCGCCCUCAGCAUCAAGAAAGUAUCUCUCGACUUCCGCCUUCCGCAGCCCAAACGUUACACCUACGAAGAAUGGGUUGAGUUCACGCGCCUUGUUCGGCUGACGACGCCUGAACGGCUGGAUCGCGAUUUGGGCACGACGAUUAGCAAUACUGGCACGCUGAAUGAAGAGGGAUUGUCCGAUGAUGAGUGGGGUGACGGAAAGUGA